CAAUGUCGUCGUGAACAUGUCUUUUGCAUUGUCGUAAUAAUUUUGCCAUUGCCGAGAUUGUGUCCAGACAAAACCUGAUUCAAUCCAGUCCAUAGCUUUGAUCCACCCCCGCUGUACAUACUUACACAAUUGCGGCCAGGUGCAGUGCACAGCCCCGGCACUAGACUGCCCAGAUAUGAAGAUCCUCUGUUUGCACGGUAAAGGCGCCAACGGGCAAAUUUUCAAUUCCCAAACUGUCUUCAUUCGCCAGAAGCUUGAAGAGCUCAGCCCCGGCAGAUCAUUCACAUUCGAUUUUAUAGAUGGGCCCUUGCCGUUGUCUCCCUCGCCAGACCGCCCCCUAGUUUCCGAACCCCCACACUACGCUUUCUACGAAGGCACAGGGGUCAGCACCAUCCGCACCGCCCACGCCUGGCUGCGCGACGUCCUCGAGUUGCGGGGCCCGUACGACGGCGUACUGGCCUUCUCGCAGGGCUGUGCUCUCGUCUCGAGUUACAUACUAUACCAGCAGUGGUACGAACCUGAAGCCCUGCCUCCUUUCAAAUUCGCCAUUUUUAUCUGUGGCGAGGUGCCGAUCUCGGCGCUCAAGGACUUGGGCUGUCCCGUGUCCAGGGAUCUUGAGGAGUUGGAUUUGAGGAUUCAGGAGCAGUCAUCGGAGAAGACCACAGGCCAAUGCCAUGAGAAUCAUGUGGAUGGAGGGGGAGAAACUAGGUGGCGGAGUAAAGGUACGGAUUACGCGGCAUAUAUACGUCGUGCGCAGUUUGACUCCGAUGAUUGUUUUGGUUUGAAUUUAAAUCGAAUACCGCUGGAGCUGAAGAUUAGGAUUCCAACGGUACAUGUUUUCGGGGAGGGGGAUCCGAUGGUGGCGGGGAGUGUGCGGUUGGCGGGGUUGUGUGAUCCGUAUAUAAGGAAGGUGUAUAACCAUGGUGGAGGGCAUGAGAUUCCUGAGACGGAGCAAGCCAAUCAUGAUUUGGCGGGGAUGUUGAUGUGGUGUGCGGAUAGGGGGAGGUGGCCAGGUCAAGGUGUUGAUCGUGAAUAGGUAUUGUCAGAGGAGAAAGGGAUAGGCUUUAACGAAUGACAGUAUUAACAGGUGUGCUGUGAGAAAAUCUAUAUUUGUGUAUAAUACAUCGGUCCAAGGGGACAAACUGGUUGAGGCAGGUUCCUAUAGUGCUGCUUCCUAGUCAAGACAUGUGAUCAGGG